CGUGACAUGAGGAUAAUAUUAAUAUGAAUUGAAGAGGCUGGGACUGUUCAGAACCAGAAUGUGCAUUCACUUGGGAAACUGAAAAAUGUUUCAUGUUCUUGAUGAGCUCUUCAAUUGUUUCAUGCGACAACAUAAUCUUGUUCAACCAGAAACUGCUUUUGAACUCUUUCGUCUCGCAUGGUUCAUCGAACUUUGUGAUUCAGUUGGGCAGCAAAACGAGGCGACUUAAUGGAUUCAUUUCGAAAGCGGAAAAGCAUAGUGGGCAUUCAAGGAAAAGCAGUUGGUGGCAGAAAUUCUUUUUCGAAGAUGAUGGGAACUGGCUUGGUUUGAGAGACGAUGAUAUGGUAGAGGCUGAAGCUGAGGCUGAGGGCGAGGGUGAGAGCACAGAAGAGUUAUCUGAAGGCGAGAAGUUCGAGGCAUGGAAGCAGAGAGCUGAAGCAAUUGUGGAGUUGAGAGAAGCCCAAGAAGAUAGGAGGAACGAGGAGUACAAGAAAUGGGAAGAUUGGCUUUUGGAUGAAGAUAACACUUCUUCUUGGAGUCAAGACUGGGACUGGGAGCAGGGGAUGAAUGAUUAUAGGGAUAAUGUGCGAGCUGAUUCCGGUGAUGUUCAUACGGAAAAGGGGCUGGUUGAGUUCGCUAGGUAUUUGAUUUUUGGAAUUGGAGGGGAAGAUGAUGACAUGCUUUAUGAAGACCGUGUUUUCCAGUAUGCCUCAUCAAAUUCGGCUAAAUAUUUGGCAGUGUUGAUUAUUGUACCUUGGGCAAUGGACUUUCUGGUUCAUGACUAUAUACUUAUGCCAUUUUUAGACAGAUAUGUGAAGACUGUACCACUUGCAGCACAAAUGCUUGAUGUGAGAAGAUAUCAAAAACUUGAAAUGAUUAAGGAUCUAAGAAUUGAGAGGGGACGAUUUGAGCUUGAGGUCGAGAUUGGUAAAUCUCCGCCUCUUUCCGAUGAUGAGGUUUGGUGGGAAUUAAGGCAUAAAGCAUUAGAGUUGAGAGAAGAGCGGAGACUGGAGAAUCGCAAAGCAUUUGCCAACAUAUGGUCAGAUACAGUUUACGGGAUCUCUUUAUUUAUUCUUUUAUACUUCAAUAAGAGUAAAGUUGCAAGGAGUCUUUUGUGUAGGGGUGAAGAACAUUUUGGAAAAAGGAGACCCAAUGGUAGAGGGGGAAAUCGAAAAAGAACAUGGUUUCCAAAAAAGUUUUUGGGCAUGGAUAGGCAAUAUGUUCACCAGGUAGCUUUGCUCAAAUUUACAAGUUAUAAAAUUAUCAAUAAUAUUUCAGACACUGGGAAGGCUUUUCUAAUUAUAUUGAUCACAGAUAUAUUCUUAGGGUAUCAUUCUGAAUCUGGUUGGCAAACUUUGCUAGAGAUAAUUGUUGAGCACUAUGGCCUUGAAGUUGAUCAGUCUGCUAUAACUAUUUUUAUCUGCCUGGUCCCAGUUAUCAUUGAUGCAUGCGUGAAACUUUGGCUGUUCAAAUUCCUUCCGCGUUUAUCCCCAAGGGUGACAAAUAUAUUUCAGGAAAUGAAACGUCACUAAUCUUGGUAAGUCGGUUUUCUUCAGUCACGUGGGCUUUGUCAACUGAAAUAAUUUUCAGUUUUUCACCGUAGCUUCGUAUUCUUGUAUGCAUUGCUUUAUAUUGCAAUGUCCAACAUUUUGUUUAAUAAUGACUGCUCGAUGAGUUUAGCUACUA